UUUUGAAUCAUUUGUAUGUCAAAACACACAAAAUUUUGUGAAUUUGUAUGCUGGCAAUGUUUCAUCAUUAUAAACGAUUGUGUUUUCAUAGCGGUAAAAACAGAGGAUCAAAAAACAAUUUUUUGGAAUCAGCACCACAGAGGAUAAACGAUUCUGUUUUCAUAGCAUCCUGCAGCUUUAAGUAAUAUGGUGAAAUCUUUCUGCAGCUUCUGGCCUUCUGCUUUGGCUAUGUCAUGCAGCAUGCUAGUUCAUCCGAGGAAUAUGUGCUUUCAAAAGUAUCUUCUGUGGCUGCACAGCUGAUGAAAAGAGGCUGGCUUGAGUUUACUCCAGCCCAGAAGGAAGUCUUUUUUUUAUCAGGUAUCUACAUUGUUUGUAAUUUUUCGGACUUUCAUUUUUAGUUUCUGUAUCCUAUAGUUUGACUAGCAUUAGGUGCAUAUAUGUUUCUCUCUGAUACUGGCCAUAUGUUCUAAGAAAUUUACCUGGUACUUCAAAAUCUUUUUAACUGUACCUUAAUAUAUGGAGAAGAAAGGAUUUAGACGCUAACCUAUAUCCUUCAUGUGGUCCAGUCCAUAUA